AUGGCUGAGGGCGACAUCCGACCGCUCACCGAACCGGAGAUCAACAGCUUCCUCGACGACCUGGACCACAACAAGGAUGGCUUCAUCGACUACACCGAAGUAGAGCAGAAGCUCGACGCCGUGUACGACGAGCUCGUCCAGGGGAAACCGCAGGCCCACCACCGCCUGCACCGGCACCAUGAGCACAACACAAAGCAGGACCAGGACCGCCAUGCCUUCCUCCGCAGCAUCAUCGGCUCCGACGUGCAGAAGAUCCCGCGCUCCGACUUUGCCGCCCGGGUGCGCGAGUGGGGCGUCCCCUCGAUGGAGCAGGACAGCGAGGCCGACGCGUGCCAGAAGGCGUACAUGCGAUCUCUGGGGGUAUGGCGGCGGCUGAGAUCGUACUGGGCCGUCCACGGGCCCGAGAUCGCUUUCCUGUGCCUUGUCGUCUCUCUCCAGACCGCCUUUGGCGUGUGGCAGUGUGUCAAGUACGCAACGACUCCACAGUAUCAAGCCGCGUUCGGGUGGGGGGUUGUCCUCGCGAAGACGUGCGCCGGGGCACUGUACCCGACCUUCUUCUUUGUGAUCCUGAGCAUGUCGCGGUACUUCUCGACCUUUAUGCGCAAGUGGUACCACGUCAGCCGGUUCAUCAACUGGGACCUGGGCCAGAGCUUCCAUGUCAAGAUGUCCUGCGUCGCGCUGGCGCUGGCCACGCUGCAUGCGAUUGGCCAUCUGACCGGAAGUUUCAACUGGGGCAGCAGGCAGAGUAACGAGGACGAGGUCGCGGCUCUGCUCGGCCCGGAUGCAGUCCCCAGGCCGUACGUGAGAUAUGUGAGGUCCCUGCCCGGUUGGACAGGCAUCGUGGCUCUCGGCUUGUUCUAUCUCCUUGCGCUGCUGAGCAUGCCCGUGGUCCGUAAGUGGAACUACGAGGUUUUCCAGCUGGGACAUCUGCUCAUGUUCCCCAUCAUCGGGUUGAUGAUGGCGCAUGGGACUGCCGCACUCCUGCAGUGGCCAAUGUUCGGCUACUGGCUCGCGUUUCCGACCCUGCUGGUCCUCGUUGAGCGGGUCACCCGGAUAGCUGUUGGAUUCCACCGCAUCCCGGCCACUUUGACUGUGCUGGACAGCGAGACCGUCGAGGUGAAGGCCACCAUCCCGAGUGAGCGGCUCUGGAAGUACCAGGCUGGACAGUAUGUCUUCCUGCAGGUGCCUGAGCUUGGGAACUUUCAAUGGCAUCCCUUCACGGUGUCCAUUUGCGUGGGGAAGGAGAUGCGGCUACACAUCAAGACAGACGGUAACUGGACUGGAAGGCUUCGAAAACUGGCUACUAGUAGUGAGAGCGGCAAAGCCGAGAUUGAAAUCGGGAUCAAUGGUCCGUUUGGUGCACCAGCUCAGCGCUUCUAUGAUUUCAGCCACACCAUCGUCGUUGGGGCGGGUAUUGGUGUUACGCCCUUUUCUGGAAUCCUUGCCGACCUCCAGGCCAGAGAUGAUGCCGCUCACGGACAUCCCGGACACGCGGAUGCCCACAAGAACGAAAAGGAGGCCUUGAGCAACGCUGCCCAAGCAGACGCCAAGCCGGUCGCCCCUCCGCCUCCCCAUCACCAGGCAGAUUCCAGCCAGACCACGCUGGCGGCUGAGAAACCCAAGUUCGCAGAUGACUACCGACGGGUCGACUUCCACUGGAUGGUCCGCGACCGAAACCAUCUCCUGUGGCUUUCAGACCUAAGCGCAAGAACAUCUCCACCCACGUCUACCGAUGGCUCCUCGAGAUGCACCGCACGCCCGAACCACCCAGAGAGCCCGCUCACGGGGCUGAUCAACCCGUCGCUGUUCGGCCGCCCAGACUUCACCAGCAUCCUCGACUCGCACUACGAAGAGAUGCUGAAGUACAAGGCGGUCCUGAACGAGAGGGACCCCCGGCGCUGGAGCGACGAGGAAUUCAAGGUCGGUGUCUUCUUCUGCGGCACGCCUGUCGUGGGGGAAAUGCUGGCGGACCGCUGUCGGCUCUUGAGCGCGAGGGGGCGCAACGACUCCAGCAAGAUUGAAUACCACUUCAUGAUGGAGGUAUUCGGAUGA